AUGUCUCCCCCAGCUUCCUCCGCUACCGAGACUCUCUCGCACAAGCUGCACACGCUGUCACUCCGCUCAGAGCCGGCUGGCGAAUCCGCGGAGACACAGGGGGGGAAGAAGGACUCGCGGCUGCGCUGGUGGAGCGAGACAGCGCAGGAGGGCGACGCCUACCCUUACGAGCGCUUCCUCCCUUUCUUCGAUACCGAGCUUCGCCUUCCGCCCCUCGAGCCGUUCAAGCACAUCGACCCCGGCCACAAAGCCUUGUGGGACCCGUCGCCGCGGUCUUUCCUCGCCAAUGCCGAAGUCGACGACCUCACGCCGGACUUUGGAUCCGAGGUCACCGGCGUCCAGCUUCACCAGCUCGACGAUCGCGGCAGGCAGCAACUCGCGCUCUUUGUGGCGCAGCGCGGCGUCGUGGCUUUCCGCGACCAAGACUUUGCGGACCAGGAUCCGACGUGGAUGAUCGAGGACUGGUGCAAGUUCUUCGGCCGCCCGCACAUCCACCCUUGUUCCGGCGCGCCCAAGGGCUACCCCGAGUUCCACCUCGUCUACCGCGAUGGCAAGGCCGUCUACAACUACGAGACCGACACUCGCUUGACCUCGAGCGUUUGGCACAGCGAUGUCACGUACGAGGAGCAGCCGCCGGGUCUCACCCUCCUCUUCCUGUUCGACUCGCCUGCUGCGGGAGGAGAUACGGGCUACGCAGACCAGAGGGGCGCCUACAACCACCUCUCCCCCAACUUCCGCGCCUACCUCGAGACACUUCAAGCGGUCCACUCGGGCGUCGAGCAAGCCGAGUACUCGAGGAAGGGCAACCGCGGCGGCAUCGUCAAGCGCGAGCCCGUCGAGAACAUCCACCCCAUCGUGCGCGUGCACCCGGUCACGGGUGAAAAGGCGCUCUUCGUCAACCGCCAGUUCACCCGGCGUAUCGUUGGCCUCAAGCAGGAAGAAUCGGAUGCUAUCCUCAAUCUCCUCUACCUGCACAUCGAGCGCGGCGCCGACUUUCAGGUCAGGCUGCGGCACCGUCCGCGUACCGUCAUUGCCUGGGAUAAUCGCAUCACGGCACACACAGCUAUUGUCGACUUUGCGAAAGGAGGUGCGCGGCGUCACGGCGCUCGCAUCACGCCGCAGGCUGAGCGACCGUACAUCUGA